AAGCUUGGAAACAAACAUGUGACGUCAAUGUAACGCGCGACGAACCUUUCAAUUAGCUUUGGAACGGAGGGAAAGCCGGUUUGGAUCUUGAAAUUGAUAAACUAUAUUUACAUCGUGUAAAAUCUCCCUCUGUAUUUUUCAUACUCUUUUGUACGUGUUUGUAAAUACUUACAUUUUACUUCUUACCUCCCACUGGUGACAUCCUUGUGCCAGACCGCUUCAGAGGAAGGAUUUCUAAAAACUAAAAACAGCCUCAGCUACAGAAUGAACGCUUGACAAACCGUCGCUUUGCUAACGUUGCUUGCUAGGAAACGAGGAAGUCGGUUGUCUGUUAUAUUUUACAGUUUUGGGCAAAGGAAAUAUGACAACUCUAACAAGGCAGGACCUUAAUUUUGGACAAGUGGUUGCUGACAUCUUAUGUGAGUUCCUGGAGGUCGCUAUUCAUCUAAUUCUGUAUGUUCGAGAAGUUUAUCCCUCUGGAAUAUUUCAGAAGAGAAAGAAAUACAAUGUACCUGUGCAGAUGUCAUGUCACCCAGAGCUGAAUCAGUAUAUUCAAGAUACACUCCACUGUGUAAAGCCACUCAUUGAGAAGAAUGAUGCAGAGAAAGUGGUAGUGGUCAUCAUGGACAAAGAACAUCAUCCAGUAGAGAGAUUUGUGUUUGAGAUCUCCCAGCCUACACUGCUGUCUAUCAGCUCGGACACAUUGCUGUCACAUGUGGAGCAGCUGCUCAGGGCGUUUAUCCUGAAGAUCAGUGUGUGUGAUGCUGUUUUAAAUAAUAACCCACCAGGGUGUUCAUUUACAGUCCUUGUACAUACCAGAGAUGCUGCUACACGCAACAUGGAGAAGGUUCAAGUCAUCAAGGAUUUUCCAUGGAUAGUAGCUGAUGAGCAGGAGGUCCACAUGCAGGAGCCCAGACUGAUCCCACUGAAGACUAUGACAUCUGACAUAGUAAAAAUGCAGCUCUACGUGGAAGAGAGAGCCCAGAAAACAUAAGUCCUCAAUCUGCAGAAAAAAAUGAGAUUCGCUGCUGCAUGAGUCAGCCUGUGACGGGGAGGAAUGAUGAGCAAAGUAUAUAACACAGCCUGUGAGAGCUAGAACAGCCAGAAAGAAACACAAGCUUUUGUUGAUCAUCAAGAAAGAGAUGUGGAAUGUGUCUGUGAGGUGUGUACCUGAUGCUAAAUUAAGAGUCAAAAUGACCAUUUACUAUCUGUCCAGCCAUACAAAUAUGUGUGAAUAUGGUUGUUAUUUUAUUGUCAUGUACUGUGUUUUAUGUUUUCGGUGCAAAUCUUCAGUGUAACACGAUGAUUCAAAUGUCAGUGUUGCACCAUGGCAGUGGUCUUAGAAGGACUUAGAAUGUACCUGUAUAAUAAUACCAGAUUUCAACUGAAACAUCUAUGAGUGGCCUCUAAAGCACAACCAUAGUUGUGUAUCUCAGCUGUAAAAUAUUUAUUCCCUGUUUCUGUUUGUACAAAAACCAGUUUGCUAAUGCUCCCCAGAGGUUGUCCUUUGACCUCCACAGGAAGGUCACAAUUUAGGUCAUCUUGCUGCUGUAGUCAAACUGUUUUUUUCACCCAGUGUUAUGUCCUAAUGAGCCACCCUCUGUGCAUGAUAUCAGUAAGGAAUGCAGUGUGAAAGUUUUGGUUGGGUUCCUGUGGAAUAAAGGGGAUCUCAGUGUGUUUUCUUAUGCACAUUUGCAACCCACGGAACAGUCACUUUCUACUUCUGAUGAUAGUGUGAUUUGAUAUAUGAAAAUGAUUAAAUUGUAAUAAAAACAUUUUUUUAAUAUCA